CACCUGACGGUCUGUUAGACACGGCCUUAGAAAUACGGCUGCGACAACAGUAAAAAAAAAAAAAACGGAACGGAUUUCAGAUAAUAGGUUACUAUGCUGCCGAUCGAUUUUGAAUAGCGAAAGUGUCCGCGAGGCGAUGCCACUUACAUCCCGGGUUUGAGAGCGCUCAUCGGAAUUUACCGAGAGCAGCUAUUAAUAUCUGUAGAUAUGACUCCCCAUGAACAGGACACCUUCGUGCCUCGGCUGGUCUCAGUCUCGCCGAUUCCGUCUCACGUAGAACGGCUGGAAGAAUGAGUGUCGCCCCGCUUCUUGGAUUGGUGCUUUCUCAUGAGUCUUGAUAUGAGAUAUCAGAUGUUCCACUGGCUCUGCCUGCUGAGCCUGAGCUUGAGCCUCCCUCUGUUGUUCUGGUUUGGACACGUGAUGACGCGCGCAGGUCUGUCGCUCGGUCUGCAGAGGGGGGGGCUCAGGGGUUACCUGAGGAUCAGCCCGGCCAGGGUGGACCAGUUGCUCUACAUGCACUGCAGCCAGUGUGCCUUGGUCUCCAGCUCGGGUCAGAUGCUCGCAGCUGGCGCGGGAGAAGAGAUUGACAAAGUCGGAUGCGUGAUCCGGAUGAACAAUGCACCCACACAAGGGUACGAGGGAGACGUCGGGAGCCGCACCAGCGUCCGGGUCGUCUCUCACACAAGCGUUCCCUUGUUGGUAAAAAAUGAGCGCUACUACUUCCAGCAGUCGGCGGACACCACGUACGUGUUCUGGGGUCCGGAGAGGAACAUGAGGCAGGACGGCAAAGGACACGUCUUCAACGCUCUCUGGAAAGUGGCACAGAAGUACCCGAAAGUCCAAAUCUACGCGGUGACCACAGAGAAGAUGCAGUACUGCGAUGGUUUGUUUCAGAAUGAAACGGGAAAAAACAGAAUGAAGACGGGGGCGUUUCUCAGCACCGGAUUCUUCACCAUGAUUCUGGCCAUCGACAUGUGCGACAGCAUCCGCGUGUACGGAAUGAUCGACGACAACUACUGCAGCCGAGCCAAUCACAGCGUCGUUCCCUACCACUACUACGAGAGGAACCGGGUCGAUGAGUGCAGGAUGUACAGGUUCCACGAGCACACGCGGCGCGGCGGCCAUCGCUUCAUCACGGAGAAGGCCAUAUACGCCAAGUGGGCUACGCGCCACAACAUGGAGUUCAGACACCCCUCCUGGAGCCUGUGAAAAAGGAGAUUUGUUCAAACCGAAAAAGUUGUUUUGUUUUUUUUAGCUGCAGCGGAUGUACUUUUAGGGGGAAGGGUGCACGCUUUCAGUAUUAUGAACACUUUCAAUGUAUUGUGUGAAUACUGGUGAACCGUAAGCCGCUAAACUAGAAACUGAAAGCAGUUUACACCAAAGGUUACAACAUUUUUGCUCUUUUUCGUAUCGCCCGUGCCUUGACUUUCGGUCUUAUUUUGCACAGUAAAACAUGUAAUCUUUUUAAACAUGCACCUUUGUUUAAGGCUGCAACUAACGAUUACUUACCAGCAUUUCUUUUCUUAAUGAAUUAGUUCAUCUUUUUUUUUUCUAGCUUCGCAGGAAAACGUAGCAAGAUAUAUUUUUAAAUGUCAUUGCAGUAACCUGGAAUCUACAUUACCAACCAUCACACAAAGUUAUUUUAAAUUUAAAAUAAACCUAAAAAAAAGAAGAAAAAGAAACAGGAAAUAAUCACGUUUUAAUCACUGAAUUCAACCAUUAAUCGAUCACCAAAAAAGUUCCACUAAUUUAUUUAUUGAGUUAUUGUUUCCGAUUAUUUUCCCUGAUUGUAACCAGUUACAGUGUUGUAAUGCUACUAAGUAGCAGCAGUGGUCCAGAUGUUGCCGUUGCGAGUGCCAAUCAACUCGAGGAGAGGUCAUGCAGUUUGUAGUUUUGGGGGCGUAUGUAGAUGUACACCCACCACAGAGAAGACAGUAUUAAAACGUGACUGCAGAGGGGGUGGGGGGGGACAGACAGACCAUAAUCCACUGACACGGUGCCCAUAGCUUUACAUGACAUUACAUGUCCUUUUACUGCCGAUCAGUGGGCCACGAACACUGUGCUAAAAACAAGGAGCAUGAUGGGAGAACACGAGCACUUCUUUUGUGGCAGAUGGGACGGAUUGGAGUUUGUUGUCUUUGCUUCAAACACUGGAACUUUGUAUUUUUGCUGCUACCACAUGAUGCUGCCUUACUAGUCGCACAGUGCUUAUUUACUGACAAACUCCAAAGACUGUAAUGGUAAUCGCACUGCUACUGUGCAAGCUACUGUGUCAAAGUGUUUUGCUGUAAAUUACAUUUCAGACUGGAAUUGUCUUAAUUAAAGCACAUGAUCAAGAA